AGUAAUUUUGUGUACAUAAUACAAGGAGCAAUGUGGAUUUUUUAGUGGUGAUCCACAUUGUGGUUGUGGAUGUGUCAUUCUUUGCGACUUUAUGUAUUGUUCAUCAUCAUCUGUUCUCAUUUUGUUCAUCAUUUGAUCCAUCAUCACUAUACACUACACACCCAACUAGAAAAUAAGAGGCCGGUCUCCAGAAGAAAUUAACCAGUUUCUUGAGACGAGAUAAGUAAAUUAAUUUACUACAAAAGAUCCAGUAAAGAAAGUAGGUAGGUCCUGGGUCAAGAAGUCCUGAGUAAUAAGGAUUUCGAAAAGUUGAUACAUUGUUUACAUAACCGGAUCCAGUGUAGAGUGAGACAAGUGAAAGUGAGACUGGGAGAGAGAGAGAAAGUUGGAGGAGAGAUCGCAGGGGCAAGUUGAAUUUCAUCGCCGAUCGGGGCAAGAGAAAGCAACAAGUCGACCAUAGGAAGGACGAGAACGGGAAAGUCGAGAGUUUUCUCCUGAGAUUGGACGAACUGAGGAGCAGACAGGUAGGCAAAUUGGCCAGUUAUUAUUAAAAUGCCAGCCCCAGGAGGAGCAGGAGCCGAUCGGCGAGGCUACGAUGAGUUGGAACGAAUCCAGAUGCAAUCUAAUCAAAUUGUGGACGAGUCGUUGGAGAGCACUCGGCGGAUGCUCCAACUUUGUGAAGAGAGCAAGGAAGCCGGGAUUCGCACAUUGGUGGCUCUGGACGACCAAGGAGAACAACUGGACAGAAUCGAGGGUGGCAUGGAUCAAAUCAACAACGACAUGAAAGAAGCAGAAAAGAACUUGACGGGGAUGGAGAAAUGUUGUGGGCUGUGUGUCCUCCCAUGCACCAAGACCACCGGAUUCAAGGAAGAUUCAUCCACAUGGAAGGGGAAUGAAGAUGGUCGCGUCAUAAACAAUCAGCCUCAACAGCAACGCUACAUGGAUGAGCGGUCGCCUACGAAUGGGGUCUCUGGUUCCAACUCCUCCGCGUCUGGACCCUACAUUCAAAAAAUUGUUGGUGACGCACGAGAGGAUGAGAUGGACGACAACAUGGGCCAGGUAUCUACCAUGAUAGGAAACUUGAGAAACAUGGCGAUCGACAUGGGGACAGAGAUUGAAGGGCAGAAUCAGCAGGUGGAUCGCAUCAACCUCAAGGCUCAAUCCAACGAGACGAGGAUAAAGCUCGCCAACGACCGAGCAAAUAAAAUACUUACCAAGUCCUAAUUUAUUUACGUGCAUGAGAAGAGUGGAAGGAAUUGCGGUGGUGCUGUGUCGGCCUGGGGAAAGUUACUGGAAAUUAGGUUACGAGAACGACUAAGAGAGAAAACAAAAAAGGAUUAAUAUCAGACGACGCUAGAUUGUUAUUCCUAUUCAUCCUAUUCACUUUCUUACGGGCAGAGUAUUUAUGUAAUCUUACGGGCCUAGCUUUAUUUAUAUCCUACCAAUUGUAUUGUUACUUACUGCGUUGUAAGCUUAAUCAGGCCACCCGUUUUUUAUUCACAUGAUAUGGAUUUAAAUAUUUAAUAUAUACACAAACUGCACCAUGUAAUGAUGCAAUGAUAUAAGUAGAUCACAUCAAGAUGAUACCAAAGAAAUAAAUAAGCUAUUUAUAUUACCAAUUAAAUUAUGUACCAUAUACACGUACGUACGUAGGAUGUAUGAAAAAGUAAGCUGGUAGGUUUUGAAAUUAUUAUGUGUCCAAUUUACCUUGAAAUUAGUGUGAGAUGCGUAAAGAAGACUUAUUGUGUACACCUUUUCACUUGUAUGCUCACAUUUCACGGACGCGUGAUUGAUGAAACCCUGCAUGUUCAUACUUAACUAGAAAUUAGCUGGAAACAUUGUGUACGUGUAACCAAUACCCAAAGUGAAAUUAUUAUAUCAAGUCAAACCAAAAUUCCAUCCGAAAACCAAACUCAACGCUAUACGCUUCCUUCCCGACUGACCUCCUUCUCAACCGCCUACCUUCAAUCCGACGACCGAUACCCUUAUGGGUUACCAAGGGUUUGAACCACAUUCGAACCCUUCUUGUCCCUCUAUCUACUAUGACAAUACACUGCUCCACCCACUCACACCUUCACCCGUCCCGUAUUCACCUCACCCACACGGACUACCUUCCACCUUCUUGAGAUCCACCAUCAUUUUCCUGAGCUUCUAUCAAACAAUCGACCUCAACAAUCGUAUUAAUCCCGUGUCUUUAAUUCACAAAGCAAGCAAAUACUACAUUGCGUCUCGUAAUGAAUUAUUCUAUUGAAAUCAAAAAGUACAUGUCUCAAAAAUUCUACUAUAUUCUCCUGCUUAUGUACACGAAUCCUUGCGCUCUUACAAGUUUGUAUAGCGUAUAAAAAUAUAUAUGUAUGUAACAAUAGCAGAAAAUCUAUAAAAUUAUUCAUAUCUCAUUGGUUCAGUGAUAAUUGUUACCUAAUAAUGUUGACCUGGAUGACGAUAAUUUGCUAUUUGAACGAGUUGACAAUAUUUCCAGAAAGUAUUUAAUACUGGCAUGAGGGUGGAGAGAGAGAGAUAUGAAAAAUCGGCUAGUUCUGUGCUAAUUCAUAAGUCGUAAAUACAGGAUAUAUAAUUGAUGUCUGUACUUAUCCAUACAUUUCAAGAAUGAUAUAAAAGUUUCCUGUUUUUCCAACCGAAGCUUAAAUAGUUUCGCCUGUUAUACGUAAGAAUAUAGCUAGUUUGGUUUGUAUUUGGUUAAAUGUUUAGUUCACAAUAAGUACACUGACCUAUAAAAUAUCUACAUAUUCUCCGUUCUGCAUGUGUAAUAUUAUUCGCACAUUUUUGAAUUAUGUAAUUUAAAUAAUCCAUUCGUUUGACAAUUGCAUUUGUAAACCAAGCCGGAAUAAGCGGAAUAAAUAAAUAUGUUGUGUAGGUGGAAAAAUCUA